CUCAGGAAUCAGACAGCAGCUUAAACACUAAAUAUAUCUGCCUCUGCAGCUCUUGGCUUUUACAAAAAUAAAUCUUAAGGAGGUAACUUUUUUGCUGUGCAGUUCUCAGGGCUUGCUCUGCUGUGGUUUCCACUGAGAUAGCAUUUGGCUAACACAGCCAACCAGGAGUGGAACAGGCCUGGAGCUGUAUAGAAAGUGAUUAAGAUAAGGCAGGGUUAUGAUUUGCCUGUCUGAUCCUGAAGCUUUGUGCAUUAUUUAGUGUGUGUAGCAGGAGGUCAGUAGCCUCCUGAUAAUUUUCAUUAGAUUAGUCAGGCAGGAUAAUCACCUGCUCAGGAAAAAACCAACUCGACACUGUCUGUUCAAUAGUUGGGGUUUAACUGAAAAUAAAUAGUCUUGUAAUUAUAAGGACAUUGUCAAGGUCAAGAGGCUCAAAGAUUCACUUUCUUUUUUCCUCUGGUAUGUUUACAGAGAUCCUGCAAUUCUUUGUGAGAUUUUUUUUUUCCUCCCUUAAAUUCAAACCAAGAUCUUCAGGGCUCUUAAAAGAAAUUCAACACUUCCACAGCAGUGGACGUGAGUGGUGUUGCAAUAGCCAAGUGGUACUUGGGCCCUGCUGCAGCUGAGUGACCCCAUGCUAAUGAGCAGGGCACUUGCAAGCGAGCUGGGAAUGUGUGCAGCCAGCCCAAGCAGAGCUAAACCAGAGUAGAAAUGCUCUCCCCUCCUCCUCUGGGCUGCCUGCCUGAUGGAUCCAGCCCAGAAGACUGGGUCCUGCUAAGCAGGCAGAGGAUAUCCCCUCCCUGGGAGCAGUCAGCCCAGCACGAGUGCCACCCUGUUGAAAUGAGGGUGUGCAUUAUCUCCCGUGGGUGACUUUGCUGCUGUAAUUAGCUGAGGCUUUUAGAAAGCCCAGGAAAGAAGAGGUGGGAGUGAAGCUGAUGCCGUUAUCAGUACCAGUGGGUUCUGCAAAGGGUGCUUUGCUAAAGAAACUGAUAGGUUAUUGAAGCUGGGGCUGGUGCUUGUGCCGUGCCAAAAUGCCUGCCCUUUUUCACCCUAGAAGGGGCUGUGCUUGCUAUUUAUCCUUCUCAUACAACAAUAAAGCCCAGAGGCACCUUUGUAAUCUUAAUCUGUUCAGCUGCAGGACUGGUGCUUGCUGGAUGAGACCUAGGAAUGGCUUGCAAAUGCUCAAGAAAAUCCCAGAUCUGAGCAGUGAGGGUUGGACAAGCAGCCAGAAGGAUCGCCCAGACGUUUAUGAGAAGUUGGGGACGCUCCAAGGACUCUGGACUGGUGGAGAGAUGGCUAACCCUGUCCCGUCAGCCUGCUGCGUGGUGCUCGCCGCAGUGGUGGUGGUGUAUGCCCAGAGGCACAGCCAGCAGGACAGCCACAUCCAGUACGAGCGGGUAGGUGCAGACGUGACCAUGAAGUGCGGCUCCAUGGACUGGGACGCAGCCGUGACCUGGACAGCCAAUGGCACCGACAUCGACGAGUCCCACCUGAAUGGCUCCUACCUGAUCCUCAAGAAUGUUGACCUGUCGCAGAGCGGCCAGUACUCCUGCUACGAGGGCUCCUCCUGGCACCUCAAGUACCAGACCAACCUGAGGGUGGGAACCCCCCCGAAGGAGCCAGUGCUGAUGUGUCGGUCCAACAACUACCCGAAGGGUUUCUACUGCAGCUGGCACCUGCCCACUCCUACCUACAUCCCCAACUCCUUCAACAUCUCUGUCAUACACGGCACAAAAGACAUGGUGUGUGAGAAGGAUGCCGUUCCCAAAAACAGGUGUCACAUCAGAUACCUCCAGCUCUUCUCGACAGUGAAGUACAAGGUGACUCUGACAGUCACGAAUGCUCUGGGCAAAAACUUCACCACGCUCACCUUUGACGAGUUCGCCAUAGUAAAGCCAGAUCCUCCAGAGAGCGUGGUGGCCAAACCUGUGCCCAAUAACCCUCGAAGACUGGAGGUAUCAUGGCAAAACCCCUCAUCGUGGCCUGACCCUGAGUCUUUCCCACUGAAGUUCUUCCUGCGGUAUCGGCCUCUCAUCCUGGACCAGUGGCAACAUGUCGAGCUGUCGGAUGGGACAUCGCACACCAUCACUGACGCUUACGCUGGCAAGGAAUACAUCAUCCAGGUGGCAGCCAAAGACAACGACAUCGGCACGUGGAGUGACUGGAGUGUGGCUGUUCAUGCCACCCCCUGGACAGAGGAGCCCAAGCAUCUCACUACGGAGGCCCAGAUCACAGAGACAACAAGCGCUAGCACCUCCUCUUUCAUGGCACCACCCACAACCAAGAUCUGUGACAAGGGGGCUGUGGUGGGCAGCGGGGCCAUGGCAGUGUGUUGGACAGCUGGACUGGUCGUGGCUGCCUAUAGUGUCCUCUUUAUUUAAUCUCCAUCUGUCUGUCCAUCCACCGCAGCCCAGCGCAGACGCCUCCCCACCGCCCACCGCCGCCACCGCCCCCGCCCCGCCGCCCCGCUCCCGGGUGGAGUCUCUCAGCUCUUCGAUUUUGCACACAUUGAGGACGUAUCACGCUUCUCGCCGCCACUUCGGAGAGGAGGACAGAGCUGCUGCCGUCCCCUGGAGAGCCGCAAAAUCCUCUCCCGGCCCGGAGUGAGGAGACCCAUCUCCGUGCCCCUUUGCUCAGCCGAGGGGAGCGAGCCCGGGCCCCGCGCCGCAGCCGCGGGUCCCGCUCAUACAGCUAAACCCCCCCACGCCAAAGACGUGCCCGCCGCCCCCGCGGCCGCGCACCGAGAAAAGGGGAUAUGAAAACGGGGGGGUGGUGAGGGGAAUGAUGCUCCAAGCUGUGUACCCCCUUAUGGCAAAAGGGGGUCCCCUCAAGGACUGGACUCGCUCCCCUGAGCUCUCGACCACCUGGCGAAGCUGGAGGGGUGCACGGAUCGGGGCGGCGGGUUUGGGUCUUGGUCCCCUCCGAGGGGGUGGUGGAGGCGGGAGCUGGUGGCUUUCUCAAGUGCGAUGGGGAGCAGGGAGCUGGCGGGGUUUUAAUGGAAUAAAAAAAAAAAAAAAAAAAAAGGAAGUGAAACACCGAUAAAACCCGCUUGCCCCUUGCCGAGCACCUGGGAGAGCUGUCCCUCCACCUCCCCCUCCACGGCACCCUGCAGGAGCCUUCGCCACCCCCGACCCCGACCCAGCGUCACCCCCAAACUUUUAACCAUGUUGGAUACAGGGAAUCGCCCCCAUUGAUGUCUUUGUCUCAUUCUCCAACAAAAGCAGAAUAGCUCUGCUGUUGCCUUUAGAGCUGGAGCCCUGCAGACCUGUGCCCCGCUGUCCCCUGCUGUCCCUGGCUGUCCCCGGCUGUCCCCAUGCCUGCUCUGCUCUCCUCCCCAUCCUGCCCGAAGUCCUGUUUUGUAAAGACACCUCCUUUUGGCCCUGCCUGGACCCAAGCGCAGUAUUUAAUACCAUACGUCCUAGUAUUCCCACUGUUGACAUGCUGUAUUUGAAUUUUUUAUAGAUGUAUAUAUAUAAAAAAAGAAAAAUAAUCAAAAAAAAAAGUAAUAGAGGGGAUAAAACUAAGCUCACAGAGACAACGCACACACGCACACACACACACACACACAGACACACACACACCAGGAGAGACUGUCUUCAUUAAAUGUUCAUUUCAUGAUGA